ACUCGCAUUCAGCAAGUCAAUGCUUUGCUAGUGGCCACCUGCUGGAAGGAUGAGAAGAAAGCGGGAGGACAGGGGCGUGAUUAUUAAACAGCGAUACAAGGCGCUGCAGGAAUUGUACGCUGGCAAGGAUUGCUCAUUCCUGUGGGAUGGAGGAGCUGUUUACUUGGGGCUGCUUCUACCAACUCUUAAUGCAAACAUGGAAACAUGGACGACAAGUACAACUACAUUGGUCGUGCUGGCGCUGAGAAGCUCCAUUCUAGCAUUUUGAAGCUCCACAAUGCAAAUCGCUUGCAGGUCAUUGGGGGUAAAGGCAGUGGCAAGAGUACUGUCAUGAGCACCGAAGCCGGCUUCCUCCUCGCCAACGGCAAAAAGGUGGUGUAUAUCUCGGCAACCCGUUACAUCUCAGAGCCGGACAAGGUUCUGCUCGAGGCCUUGCUGCUUGCAUUUGGCCAGUGCAAGACCGUGUGGGAGGAGUUGCAGAAUUUGCUCAGUGUAGAAGACCUGGUGGCGUGGUGCGAGGGCAGGACAGGUUUGCUUUUCAUCAUCGAUGACUGGGAACAGCUUGAUCCAAGGACGAAUGAUAAGGUGGAGCCACAGCUGCUUCAUCGCCUGAAAGCUCACCUGGUUCGUGCCUCUGGAGUCAGUGUUCGCAUCACAGUCUUGUCCAUAGACAGCCCCGAGCCAUAUGAAAGUGCAAAACUUGACAAGGCUGAAGACUAUAUGCUAACUGAAGAGUUUGACGGUCCCUACACGGAAGAGGAGCUGAAUACAUGGAUUGCGCAGGCAAAUCUACCAGCUUCUGCGCUGCUGGAUCUGGAUAAUCUGACGGGGGGAAUACCGCGCUUGUUACGCUUCUACAAAGAAUGUGGUGGCGACAGGCAGCAGUGGCUGAAACGCCAAGUACGAGGAUAAGCUCUGGACGGAAUUCGUUGGAAAGUUGGACUCGAAGGAAGAUCUGGUCGCUGCUAUCAACAUGGUGGUGGGUGAUGGAAAACUACCUCCGCGGCUAGCUCCGAAGAUCAAGCUUACCUGCUUCUGCAAAGACCUUAAUGGCAGAUUUCGGCUUCUGUCACCUUACUUUCGAACCCAGGCAGAGACCCUGUUAACAGGAAAGGGAAAGGAGCUGGACAAGAAGCUGCUGCUUUCAGACAUACAGUUGUGGACAGAAGCAGUAGAAGUGGACUGUAAAAGUGAGCUUGCAGAAAGGAACCCCUCUCGCAUCAGCUGGCACAUUGAAGGCCUAGUGAUCAGCGUCAUUCGGAUACAGGGGAGGCUGUUUGAUGACGCUUAUUCGUUCAAGAGGUACAGGACGUAUGCCCAUGGGCACGAAGUAGCUGCUCUUCGCAAUGUAGGGUUCCAGGACUUGC